CUCUCUCUCUCUCUCUCAUUCUCUCUCUCUCUCUCUUUUUGAUCCUCGUGUGAUAAUCUGAGCGAGGGUCUCGUGCUUCAGCGUGUCGGUUGUGAAAGUCAUGAACGUGGUCAUUUCAAACAGUCGGCCUCUUGUCUGCACGUCACUAAUCUCUAAGACUAAGACCCAACAAGGCCUGAAAAAGCAGCUCCAGACUUCGGACUCUUGAGGGAGACCCUGAAGAGAGACUCUGAAGAGAGACCCUGAAGAGAGACCCUGAAGAGAGACCCUGAAGAGAGACCCUGAAGAAAGACCCUGAAGAGAGAAUCUGAAGAAAGACCCUGAAGAGAGACCCUGAAGAAAGACCCUGAAGAGAGAAUCUGAAGAAAGACCCUGAAGAGAGACCCUGAAGAGGGUUAAAGACUCUGAGAGGGUCAGAGUCCCUCUGGUGGGUCGGACCUCCAGCUGUUUGGUGAAAACAUUCAAAGUUGACGUCAUAGUAACUUAACGAUGACUUUAAGACUGAGGAAGCUGUUUCACGUCACCAUGCUUACCUGGUACGCCUUCGUGGUCAAGAGUCUGGCGGCAAAGGAUGGAGAAGAGUUACCUGCAGGAAUCUUUUUCUACGGGGGACCCUGGAAAUACCUGACCUUCCUAAAUCUGUUGUUACAGAUGUCUUUCUUCCUGCUCGCCGCUCUUGUUGAUUUCCAGCGUGUUCAGAAGUCGUUCGGUUUUUUGACCUCGCUCAAAGAUCUCCUCUUCUCUGUCUUCGUGUUUCCUGUCGGCUCGUUUGUCGUCCUUCUCUUCUGGACCAUCUUUGCUUUCGACAGAGAGUUAGUCUACCCAGCGACCAUCGACGCCUUCUUCCCCCCCUGGAUGAACCACGCCAUGCACACGUUUGUACUUCCUGUGUUACUCGGAGAAGUUCUGCUGCAGCCUCACGUCUACCCACCGAGGAAACUCGCACUGACGGCAUUAGCAGCUGUAGGCGUGGCUUAUUUAUUCUGGAUUGUUUGGGUGUACCUGUCGGUCGGGCUUUGGGUCUACCCCCUCCUUGGACAUCUCAGCUCAGCUGGUCUGGUCUUCUUCUUCUUCUUCAACAUGUCUGUGGUGGCGUUUCUUUACGAGCUCGGAGACAAACUGAACGUCCUUGUGUGGAGUCAGAGACGUGCCGUUAAAUCCAGAGAAGAGUGAUGUCGUCUAACCUGAGUGUCUGUGACUCAAUAACAUCGCUGUGCUUCAUAACGUGGUUUCUUUUUUCUUUAACAGCUUAUAAAAUAUCAAAUCAUUCGUUCAUAAGAACAAACCCCUAAAAACCAAAAUUACCAACACAAAACAAAAACAGAUCCACCACCUCACCUGUUUCAGAUCCACUACCUCACCUGUUUCAGUAAAGAUCCAUUAACUCAAAAACAAAGAGUUUAAACCCCUUACCCUGUAAUCAACUGUUAGCUCUUAGCUAAAGUAUAGAUAGCCUU